AUGACUGUCGUGAACAGGCUGCAAAUACAGUCCCCCAACGCCCUGCUGAUCAUCUCUGGGGACUUCAACCAUGUCUCUCUGUUGUCCUCCCUUUCAACCUUCACGCAGUAUGUAACCUGUGCCACUAGAGACAAUACAAUUUUGGACUUGUUUUAUGCCAACACCAAGGAGGCAUAUAAACCCCACCCUCUCCCCACUGUUGGAAGAGCGGACCACAACUUGGUAUUUUUCGAGUCUGUGUACAAACCCCUGGUGCACAGGCAGCCAGCUGUGACCCGAAUGGUCAGGAAAUGGUCCACGGAAGCUGAAGAUGCUCUGCGGGACUGCUUCGACACAACCAGGUGGGAACUCUUCAGCGAGGUUCAUGAGGAGGAUAUUGACGCACUCACUGACACCAUCACGGACUACAUAAACUUCUGUGAGGAGAACACCGUACCCACCAGAACUGUGCGGUGUUUUUCCAACAACAAACCAUGGACUAAUCCCGACAUAAAGGCCCUCCUGAAGGAGAAGAAGAAGGCUUUUAUGUCGAGAAACAGAGAGGAGCUGAAGGCCGUGCAGAUCCGGCUGAGAAGAAAGAUCAGAGAGGGGAAGAAGACAUACAGGAGGAAAUUGGAGGACCAGUUACAGGCCAGCAAUGUCACUGGUGUCUGGAGGGGCCUGAAAACCAUCUCAGGCCACAACAACAGCCCAAAGACAUUGACUGAGAAGGACAAGGACUGGGCAGAUGAACUGAACCGUUUUUUCAACCCUUUCGACAUGACGUCUGUCCCUUCCCCCAACCACCAGCUGCACCCACUUUCACUGAGGACUUCUUCUCCUCCCCCUCCUCUUUCGACCAGCUCACAACAACCCAGUCUGUCACCUGGUUCCUGCCUGUCCGUCACAACAGAGCAGGUGAGGAACCAACUGAGGAAGAUGAAUGUGAGGAAGGUAGCAGGUCCGGACAAGAUCAGUUCCCGGCUCCUCAGGACCUGCUCUGACCAACUAUGUGACAUUGUCCAGCACAUGUUCAACCUGAGCCUGAAGCUGGGCAGAGCUCCACAGGUGUGGAAAACUUCGUGCCUGGUCCCAGUGCCCCCACCCUAAGGAGCUGAACAGCUACAGACCGGUGGUGCUGACGUCUCACCUGAUGAAGACGCUGGAGAGACUCGUCCUCGCCUACCUUCGACCGCUGUGCCUUCAACACCAUCCAGCCCAACUUACUGGGAGACAAACUGCAGAACGCCGGAGUGGACCCCCACCUCACAGCAUGGAUUACAGACUACCUCACAAACCGGCCGCAUUGCGUGAGGGUACAGAGCUGUGAGUCGGACAGGCUUCUCUGCAGCACUGGAGC